AUGGAUCCUGUAAACCAUCUCUUGUGCCCAAGAGAACGAUAUAUAAAAAAUAAAGAGCAUACCAAACCAGCAAAUAUUGACGGGCGAAGCGUUCAGUUCAACUAUCGCAUUGUCAAAAGUUCCUAUUUCAAUGAAAAGUCUGAUAAUCUCCAUUCUCUAUUUCAUCGCAACAAAAAAGACGGUGACGAAAAAUGCAAAGAUUGUAACCUCACGAUCGAAGCAGAUACUUCUUACUUCUGCAGCUACUGCAAUGGUGUAUAUCACAAAGAAUGUGUUGAGGCUCCUUCUAUUUACCAUUCCUCUGCUCAUCCAAAGCAUCCUCUUCAACUUCUCUGGUCUAAUAAGUUUUGCCCUAACAAAACUUGUUUUUCUUGUGAAGGUCUAACUUUUGGUCAAUUAUACUAUUGCCUUGUUUGUGAUUUUGCACUUCAUGUUUUUUGCUCGAGAAAUCGAACAUCCCUUACUAUAGAUAAUCCUAAAAGGCAUAAGCAUACUCUCCAUUACUUUCCUAGGAAAUCUACUUUGGCUUGCGAUGUUUGUGGAUUAGUGGAUAAAUAUGUUCACAUACUAUACACAUGUCUCCUAUGCGAUUUCCUUGUUCAUAGAAGGUGUAUAGGCUUACCAUAUGUUAUAAAGGUAUCUCGUCAUAGUCACCGUCUCGCUUUUACUCCUGGUAAUCCUUUCAAGGAGGAACCGGAUGAUUGUGGAGUUUGUUAUCAAAAGAUAGACAUAAACUACGGACAAUAUUCUUGCGUGAAAGGAUGCGUGUAUGCAAUGCAUUCUGGAUGUGCACUACGACGUGACGUGUCCGAUGGGAAAGAACUUGAAGGAGAGCCUGAAGAAGAAACAUAUGAUGAAAAUAAUAAUAAAAUGUUUGAAGAUAAAGGUGAUGGAGUUAUACAUCACGAGGGUCAUCCUUGUCAUGAUCUAAUGAAACUUGAAAAACAACAACUCCAUGAUCAUGAAAACAAGCGUUGUCAAGCGUGCAUGCUUCCGCUGUGUGAUGAUGAUGGUAAUAAUGUGUAUCGUUGUAUUCAACACUGUGAUUUCUUUUUACAUGAAUCAUGUGCAAAUCUUCCUCGCGUGAAGCAGUUUAUGUUACAUGUUCAUCCAUUGAUUCUAGAGAUUCGUACUUCAGCCACUGGUCACUUCCUGUGUGAGAAAUGUCAACGUUACUCAUGCGGUUUCGCAUAUGUGUGUCCGAACGAGGGGUGUGAUGAUUGGAAGUUAGACACGCUUUGUGCUUCUAUAUGUACAAGCAUGAUGAUGAGCAUUUACUCGUUUUUUCGUACAAAGAAGAUACAAAUGAUGAUCGUGACGACUUUUACUGGUGUGAAAUAUGUGAGGAAUAUAUUUUUCCGAAGAAAGGCUUUUAUGCAUGCAACGAGUGUGGAGUCAUCCUCCACGUCGACUGUCUACUAG